AUGAAACCAGAAGAAGGAUCAGAGUCAUCUGAACAGGAAAAUACUAGACAAGAUUCAGAAGAGGAGGAGGAUCUAGUUACUCAAUACAAACAAGGAUCUGAUGAAUCUGAUUCGGUUUCCUCUGAGGAAGAAGGCGAAGACGGUGAAGAAGUUGCAUUAGACAAUUUAUCUGACCAAGAAAUUGACGAAGAUAUCAUACCUCAGCAACAUGUAACAAUAAAUAAUAAGUCAGCAUUAAAAAAAAUCCAACAAGAAAUUAAACUUGAUGUACCAUGGAUUGAGAGUCAAGUGAUAACUUCUUUAGAACCGAUAGUCAUCAAAGACAUCAAUAACGAUGUAGAGCGUGAAUUAGCUUUAACCCAAGAUAUAACUGAAAAAGUUUCUUAUUCCAGUUAUAAGCAAGCACUUGAAGCUGCUACAAAAGGACGCAAAAAAGUCAUAGAAUCAGGAGUAAUGUUUUCUAGACCGGAUGAUUAUUUUGCUGAAAUGGUAAAAUCCGAUGAACAUAUGACAAAAGUACGUCAAAGAUUAAUUAAUGAAGAACAAAUGAUCAAAGUAAGCGAAGAUGCUAAACGUCAACGUGAAUUAAAAAAAUUUAGUAAAAUAGUUCAAAUUGAACGUUUACAAGAGCGUCAAAAACAAAAAAGGGAAGAUUUAGAAAAAAUUAAAGCUAUGAAAAAAAAAAGGAAAGGUGUUGAAGAUACUGCUGUGGAUGAUGAUUUUGAAAUUGCUCUUGAAGAAGCUGCUGCUGAAGAUAAUAGACCUCCUAAUAAAAAGCAAAAGACUAGCAAAAAAUCUAAACGCACCUAUAAGAAGGAUAGUAAAUUUGGAUUUGGAGGAAAGAAGCGUCAUGCUAAAACAAACACAGCCGAAUCCUCUGGUGAUCUAACAGUGUUUGGUGGAGGGGGAAAAUCUAUAAAAAAAGCAACAUCAUUUAAACCAAAGAAGAACGUUACGAAGACGCGUCCUGGAAAAGCUAGACGUCAGGCUUCAAGAAAUAAAAAGCGAUAG